CAACUCACCUUCUAUGUUAAUUUUUAGUAAAACCUUUGGACCGAUUUACUGCACACCUUCUUCGAAUUCUACCUUACCAGCUCAAUGUAAUAAUGACUGCCCAGCAACCACAUAGAUCAUUCGUUACCAAUGAACGUUCGUUAUCAUCCAUCCCAAUUAAUUUAUUUCGAUUUAUUGAGCGUAUACUGGGUGAUAGUGGCCGUUUAGUAAGUGCGCUCUGCAAAGGAUGUAUCAACGUGGCUGAUGCCUCGUGGCUGGUGUUACUGGCAAAAUGCUCAAUGCAAGUUUUUUGUCCGCGCAAUUUUACUCGCAAUUUUACUCGCAAUUUUGCUGGGUCUUCCGAAAUUUUUUUUUUCAAGCAGUGGCAUUCACAGUUGCAACCUUUGCUGAAGAUUUUCCAUCAUGCCAACCAAAAAGUCAAAAGCAGACAAACCAAGUAACAGCUCUAAUGCCAAAGCUUCAACAAGUCAGCCAAAGGCGUCUUCCGAGAUUGAUGACAUUUUCAGCAAGAAGAAACCCGCAGGCGAGAUCGACGACAUUUUUGCCAAAAAACAUGUAGAGCAAAAAGCAGUUGACAGCGCCUCAACUGCUUCAUCAAGUCACAAAAGCGGAAAAGAAAAGAAGGAAGGCGCCGUAGAUCAAGCCGAUGAUUCGCAAGCUGUUGAAGAGGUCGUCUUUGCCGAGCUGGCAGCUGUCAAAGCAUCCAAGAAGCGAGCUUCUCAGCCCAAGGUUGCUGACGAUGAUGGCUUUGGUGAUUCCAGAGGAAAGAAGUCUAAACGCACCACAGAUGAUGGCUAUCCUCUGUAUGAUGUAAAGGAAUUGAAUAUUGGCUUGGGAGGAGACACACCUGAAUGCCCAUUCGAUUGUAAAUGCUGUUUUUGAUUGAACUUCCGGGACAGUUUGCUAUUUUCCUGUACAUGUUAUCAAUAAAAAAUGUAUAAUAGACCAAUAGUGAAAUAUGUGG